CCCCAAAAAUUGCUCCAUUAUCUAUCUGCUACUCCUCUCUACUCCCCUUUGGCUUCAUCCGUGAUUCGUUGCUGCAAUUCCUAUUCCAAUCGAACAAGGGUUAACCCAUAUCAGAGAUGGCGAUGAGGGAGUUGGUGACGGGUGGGGCCGCCUGUGCCGUACCUGGAUCUUCUUCUUCUUCAAACCCUCUCGGUGCUUUUGCCAACGCCCUUAUCGGCUCUUCCUCUCAAAAGGAAAGGUUGCAGGAGAUUCCUACAUCAACACUAAAUACUUCUGGCAACAAUCUUUACUCCGGAGCAGGAGAACCCUUGUCAGCCCUUCCUGGUGCCGAGUCGGAACAACAUCUGCAGCAUGAGAGCAAGGGCUCAGAGUUCGUUAGUGGUUUCCAUGCUGCUAAUGACAACAGGCUUGCUGAUGUUUGGGAUGGAAUACAAAAUCCUCAGAUUCCUCAUUUCCCUGGAAGAGAAGGUCAAACCACCUUCCCUCUAGGGCAUCCCCAGCUUCAACCAGAAUUAAAUGGUCCACCUCAAAGAGUUUUGUCAAGUUUUUUGCAUUCAUUUGUUAACAGCAGUCAUGGUGGAGUUCCUUUUGGUCCUACUCAGCUGCCGAUAUUGGGGUUGUCUGAAGGGGACAAACGGUGCAUACGUGACCGCAGUAGCAUUAUGGCUCGACAUUUCUUUGCUGACAAGAGUGAGGAUUUCAUCAAUGGGCAGGUGAAUGCUCUUUUAUCGUCUUUAGAAAUCGAUAAUCAUGCCUUGGCUAGGGGACACAUCUCUGGACGACACUCAGAGCUGGAACAAUAUUGGAAUGAGCCUCAAAUCAUGACGCCUGGACCACAUACUGGAGAUGGUUGGGCUGAUGAAUUUGCUCAACACAGAGUAGGACAAGGAGACCCUAAUGCUUGGGCGCUAUCCUUCGAACGACAACAUGGUGCUGGGGGUUGGGCCUCUGAAUUUGAGCAUGAGCAAGCUCAGAUGACGUCUGUGGGUCGAAUGGCAGGUGCAAACAUUCCAUCUUUGGCUGCUAUGGAGCAGACCCGUAUGCUAGCACACACUUUAGCUCAGAACAGCAAUCCUAAAUUUCAGAACUCAAAAUUCCUUCAGUUUGUUUCAAAGAUGAGCCGUGGGGAAUUGACCAUUGAAGAUAACCAAGUCAAGCCUGCAAGUGGUGACUGGGCAAAUGAAUAUCAACAGCAAUAUAAUGCAGGCCCUUCUUCUUGGGCAGAUCAGUAUGCACAUGAAGAGAUUUCUAGGGGUCCUGAUAGGUGGGCGGAUGACUUUGCUGCUGAACGUGCGCAUCAUGGUCCAGUAGAUGAGCAGUGGGUCAAUGAAUUUUCCAAGUUGCAAGUCAACGACUGGGCAGAUGAAUUUGGGCGUCAAGUUGGUGAAGGAGUUCUGGGAGAUGAUUCUGCUGAUAAUUGGGCAAGUGCAUAUGAUGAGUACUUAAAUGAGCAAGCUGUUGUCAAGCAGAAAUCUGACGCCUCAAGGGGAGUCUAUGUCUUCUCUGAUCUAAAUCCUUAUGUUGGCCACCCUGAUCCCCUGAGAGAAGGUCAGGAGCUGUUCCGUAAAGGUCUUCUAAGUGAAGCAGUUCUUGCUUUAGAGGCCGAAGUUUUGAAGAACCCUGAGAAUGCUGAAGGUUGGAGGUUACUUGGUGUAGCGCAUGCUGAGAAUGAUGAUGACCAACAGGCAAUUGCAUCAAUGAUGCGUGCACAGGAAGCUGAUCCAACAAACUUGGAAGUUCUUCUUGCAUUAGGAGUGAGCCAUACAAAUGAAUUGGAACAACAAGCUGCUUUGAAGUAUCUGUAUAGUUGGCUGCGCCACCAUCCGGAGUAUGGGAAAAUUGCCCCUCCCGAAUUGUCUGAUUCACUGUACUAUGCUGAUGUUGCUCGAACUUUCAAUGAGGCAGCUCAAAUGUCACCUGAGGAUGCAGAUGUACACAUAGUACUAGGUGUCUUGUAUAACCUUUCAAGAGAAUAUGACAAAGCCAUUGAAUCCUUCCAGACAGCUUUAAAGCUCAAGCCCCGAGAUUACUCGUUAUGGAACAAACUUGGGGCAACGCAAGCAAAUAGUGUUCAGAGUGCUGAUGCAAUAUAUGCAUACCAACGGGCAUUGGAUCUGAAGCCCAAUUAUGUUCGUGCAUGGGCAAACAUGGGUAUCAGUUAUGCAAAUCAGGGUAUGUACGAGGACUCUAUUCGUUACUAUGUGCGUGCACUAGCAAUGAAUCCAAAGGCAGAUAAUGCAUGGCAGUACUUGAGAAUUUCCUUAAGCUGUGCUUCGAGGAAUGAUAUGAUGGAAGCUUGCGACUCGCGGAAUCUUGAUGUUCUUCAGAAAGAAUUCCCAUUAUAAAUCCUUAUCUGAUUCUGAUACAAGAUGGAAUGUUUUUAUAUACAUACAUUUAGAGUCUGGUAAGGUUUAUUACAUUACAUAUAUAAACAGUUACUGAUUGUUUGUAGCAAUAAAGGGUACUUUGAUUAGAUUACUAGUAACUUUUGAAUGAAAAGGAAUCGUCUUUUUGAUUUUAAAUCCUAUGGCUUCAUCUUGUAGAUUAGCAGUGAGGGAAAGAUGGCACAUAUUUUGUAAUUUGAAUGGAAUGUGAUGCUAUGAUCA